CCCCCGCCCCCUUCUCCCUACAGACUCCCGUGUUGUCGUCCUGCUGCUGCUGCUGCUGUUGUUGCUGCUGGAUGUGAGCACGACUCACUGCUGCCGGGAGAAGAAACUGCGCGACAUUUCGUCCGCAACUGUGAUUUGUACGUCCGAGAAAGAAGAAGAAGAGGAAGGCCGAGUCGGAAGCGCCACCUCGCAAGUGCUCACUAUCGCUUUGCCACCCAAGGGGAAGCCAGUUCUGCGGGGAAACAGAGCCACGAGCCCCUCCGGCCUCCCGCGUUUGCCGUCUCGCUCGCCGUCAUGCAGCCCGCCAUCCUUCUGGUGUUCCCGCUCGUCCUCUUCUCCCUUCUGGUUCCGAGCACAUCCUCUCAGAGUGAGGCGGACCUCACCGUCGUGACCCUAGCGGGCCGAGUGCGGGGCAUCCACAUGCCCGUGCUGGAGCGGGGUCACGUCACGGCCUUCCUGGGCAUCCCUUUUGCCGAGCCGCCCGUCGGGAAGGGGCGUUUCCGCCCGGCCGAGCCCAAGCGUCACUGGCCGGGCGUGUAUGAGGCCCAUCGCUACCCCAAGGCCUGCUACCAGUAUGUGGACAACACCUUCCCUGGCUUCACAGGCAGCGAGAUGUGGAACCCCAACAGGGAGAUGAGUGAGGACUGCCUCUACCUCAAUGUGUGGGUGCCGCCGUCAUCCAGACCUCACAAUCUCACCGUCAUGGUGUGGAUCUACGGCGGAGGAUUCUACAGCGGUUCUUCAUCGCUGGACGUGUACGAUGGCCGCUACCUAGCUUACACGGAGACGGUCAUCGUGGUGUCCAUGAACUACCGCAUUGGCGCUUUUGGUUUCCUGGCUCUGGACGGCUCGUCUGAGGCUCCCGGCAACGUGGGCCUGCUGGACCAGAGAAUGGCCUUGCAGUGGGUCCAAGAUAACAUCCACUUCUUUGGCGGAAACCCCAAACAGGUGACCAUCUUCGGGGAGAGCGCCGGCGGUGCCUCGGUGGGAUUCCACCUCUUGUCUCCGGACAGCCGGCCUAUCUUCUCCAGGGCCAUCCUCCAGAGCGGGGUCCCCAACACUCCCUGGGCCACCGUCAGCCCGGCCGAGGCCCGCCGCCGGGCCACUCAGCUGGCCAAACUGGUGGGCUGCAACUGGGGGAACGACACCGAGCUGGUCGACUGCUUGCGCACUAAAACGCCACAGGAGCUCAUUGACCACGAGUUUCAGGUCCUCCCCUGGAUGUCCAUCUUUCGCUUUUCGUUCGUCCCCGUGGUGGACGGCGACUUUGUGCCCGACACGCCGGAGGCCAUGCUCAACGCGGGCAACUUUAAGGACACUCAAAUCCUUCUCGGAUUCAACCAAGAUGAGGGCACCUACUUCCUGUUGUAUGGCGCGCCCGGCUUCAGCAAGGACAACGACAGCCUCAUCUCCAGGAGGGACUUUCUGGAAGGUGCCAAGCUGAGCGUGCCGCACGCUAACGACAUCGGCCUGGAGGCGGUGGUGCUGCAGUACACUGACUGGAUGGACGAGAACAACGGCGUCAAGAACCGUGACGCCUUGGAUGACAUCGUGGGCGACCACAACGUCAUCUGCCCUCUGGCUUUCUUCGCUCGUUCCUUCGCUCAACACAACGCUCUCAAGCCCAACGCGGGGGUCUUUCUCUACCUGUUCGACCACCAAGCGUCCAACCUGCCCUGGCCCGAGUGGAUGGGCGUCAUCCACGGCUACGAGAUCGAGUUUGUCUUCGGCCUUCCCCUGGAGAAGAAUUUCAACUACACCCAGGAGGAGGAGAAGCUGAGUCGCCGCACCAUGAGAUACUGGGCCAACUUUGCGCGAUCUGGCAAUCCCAACGUGAACGUGGACGGCACGGUGGAGAGCAGGAAGCGAUGGCCUCAGUUCACCGUCGCCGAGCAGAAAUAUGUGGCGCUCAACACUGAGCCCGUCAAGGUCCACAGGGGUUUGAGGAACCAGAUGUGCGCCUUCUGGAACCACUUCCUGCCACGCCUCCUCAACAUCACAGACAACAUCGAUGAGGCCGAGCGCCAGUGGAAAGUGGAGUUCCACCGCUGGUCCUCUUACAUGAUGCACUGGAAGAGCCAGUUUGACCAUUACAGCAAGCAGGAGCGCUGCACCGAUCUCUGAGGUUCCCGGGGGGGGUGGGAGAGGGAGGAGCGAGGAGGGUGGGGUUGGGCGGGCGUACCCAGGAGGGGACACUGGCGGGUUCAAACCACAAUAGAGUUCUGAGGGAGUGGGCAAGCUUAUUUCCUCCAUAGCCGCUAUCGACUUUAUUGACAGUAGUACAUAGAAUGCUCAAACACUGUACAUCUCUAUUUAUUAUUUUUGAAUGAUUGUAAUUAAUUUAUUGAUGAGAUAUAUAUAUUUGUGUGUGUGAGUGUGUGUGUGUGUUUUGCAUCUGAGAGAAGUGAAUGGCUAUAAAGAGGACUUGUGGUGCAUGUCCUGACUUGCUCGUCUUCGCUGUCAUAUCGCACUGUUUUGGUUUCGGGUUUUUUUUCCCCCAACACAUCAGGGUUUGGUUAUUUUGGUGUUGGUUAAUGUGGAUGUAAAAACAAAACAAAUAAUUUUGUCCUUCAUCGCCAACAAAAGCCAUUUUGAUCGGGAAUCGCUCCCUAUCCACUAUAUAGUGGCCUAUGUAGUGACUGGGCCAUUUGGUAGUGCUGUUGCAAUGUGGAGUGAGUGUAAGUUAUCGACUAAAUAAGCGCCCACAAUGCUAUUGAGCAACAGUGCCAAUGAGGAAAUCAAAUAUUUUCUUUGUUAUUUUUUUUUUUUUUUUGCAGAAAACACAGACGGACAUAAAGUACAAGUUCAUUUUGUAAAAUACACGCAGUUUAAUUCAAAACAAUACAGAGUGAUUCCCAUGUAUUUACAAAGUCAUCAGUUUGUACUUUUUUUGUGUGAAUCAUAGCCCCAUUAUUUGCUCUUGAAGCCAUGUUUUCCUUUGGCGUAAACUUGGGGCCACGGAAUGUUGUUGAAAUGCCUUCAUAUAGUCAGGCCAUCACCUUGUCUAAUAGAAAAAAAAGAUAUUGUGCUGCCAUCUUGUGGCAUCUACACAUAACUACAAAACUCUUUUUUUGUUUGUUUCAAUAACUGCGUAUUUUUGUUGCUUGUGGGGUUCAUUGUAGUUGCGUUGUGAGUUGGGGAUUUCACUCACUCGUAUUACAGUUGUUAAAAUGGAUUAUUAUUUAAUAUUUAUUCCGGAUCCUGUAGGCUGUACUUGUCCUGCAACAAUUAUGUCGUUUAUAGUCCACUGUCUAAGAAUACGUAUGUCGUGAUUAAACAGUUGGGAAAGAGUGAAUGAUUUUUGAACACAGUCAUCAUUCCCUACUUCCCUAUCACUACGAAGACAUUUUUAGUGAAGGAGCUAUUCAGGUCCACUAUAAAUAACACCGUAGUAGGGAUUAAAAGCAAGCUCUGUCAUGACAGCCUGUAGGUGAUUAGUUUGUGGUGGCUCUCAACUUUCACCAUCAAUUGCCAUCCACUUCCCCGCUUCCUGUUAUCCGUCAUCCCUCUCUUGUCCCCCGUCCCGCCUCCAUCUUUGCUCUCGCUGCUGCACCCCUUUGGCCUUCUCGCUCUCUUUUCUCGUUAGCCUAAUGGAGGCUGAGUAAUUCACUCAGCGGCGGGAUAAUGUGACAGAGCCUUGGCUCAGCCUCUGGCCUGCCAGCCAGUGGAGCACGAUGAAUGGAUGGAAAAGGCGAGGGAGGAGGUGGAAAGGGUGGGGGGGGGUGCGUUAUGUGAUGGAAAGAUGAAAAGACAGAAUCACAUCCUUGCAUAACACGCACGAGAGCAACCGACUGGAUGUUGCUUCAGCAUUUAACCCUCUGUGCUGGCCAUUUGUGUUGAACUCAUUUUUUCCCCUUUUUCUUCUUGUUCUUCAAAAUAUGAACAUUAGAGCUGCAGAUAUCAUUUGAGUUCCCCAAGCGUGUGGAUUUUUGUCGGGAUUUUGUCAUUUCCAACUUCAGCGCUGCAGAUGCUUGUUUAUCUUUAAUAUGCAGCAAUGCCUUGAGAUAUGACUUAGGAACAGUCAUCCAGAAGAUUUAUUUAUUCAUUUUUGCUUAGACUCGCUAGCGCAAACAUCGGGUCUGAGGGCUGUCUGGUAUCAGUAAAGUCAGUUGGCUAAGCGGCACUUUGGGAACUCGUGAUCAUUUCAUCCCAAAAAGAGGCUUCAAGGUUUUUAAUAUCAGAGAGAAUUACAAAUUUCAUAUUUGAAACAACAGAACUUUACCAUCUGCUAGCUUAAUGCUACUACGCGAUGCAAAAAGCUACCAACAUGCUAACGUUAGCAUCAGCAGCAGCAACGGAUAUUCGAACACAAACGGUACAGCUGUUGUUAUUAUCGCGUCUUCUUUUCUAAGAAGAUUUUGAUAUUUUUUUUAUUUUAUUUUUUGGUAAAGGGUAUCGUUUCUCAAGGCACCACUGUAUAUCCAUUUUAGAGUGUGAACAUCAAAUUGGACUCAUGAAAAUGACUUUUUAAAUGUUUAUUGGAUUGAAGUUUCAUUCUUCACGAGACAAUUUUUGGUUUUGGAUGCUUUUUAACAGAUGGCAUGAAUUCCAGACAAAAAAAAAAAACCCCAAAACAUUUUGGAACUGUGCAUUGAGCAAGCAAACUGAAAUUUGAGGGGUCUCAAGAAAAAAAAUUAGUGAAGGACGGGAGUCGCAGACGUCGGAGUGAACUCGGGAUGGAAAUUGAUGUCUGAAUGCAUGCGUGAUGAUCCUCUCGUUUGACGCUAGCUCUCCUCCGCACUCCAAUCCCAUCCUAGUGCAUGUCCCUCCAGUAUUCCCUUAAAAUUGCUCCAGACUGUUAUUUUGCGUCCAGGUUUACUUUUCAAGAAUAACACCAUAAAAGUGAGAAUUGUAUCUCAACUGUGUGCUCGGUUUGAUGUUAGCAAUAACAAAUAUAUGAUAUAUUUGAUAUUUAUUUCCAAAUGCGCUAAAGGCCAGGAAGCGAUCCGACGAUGACGAGGCUGCGUUUUCGAAGCAAUAGAAUUGAAGCGUUAAGUGUUCACUCGGCCUCACGUUUGGAACAGUUGACUUGUACGCCAUAAAUGUCGAAGGCUUCUUGUCGCUUCCCAAUAUGUCUAUGUGUGUCUUGAAUGCUGACUUGUAGCAAAUACGAAUAAAGAUAUCCUUAUGCUUCUA